GAUAGGGUCCGUGUCGUGCUGAAUUCCAGCUUCCACGCCACAUUAGGCUUCUUCGCGGGAGGCACAGGGCUCGGAACUGUCGCGCCUCAUUUCAUCUUGGCGCGGGCUAGCGUUUGAUUUCCCUUCUGUUGCGAAAUUUCCCUUGUUUUUAAGCCGCCGCGUCAGUUCAUCUGAUUAGUACGAAUGUCUGAAUGAAACCUAGAUGGAUUAGUUUGUUUCGGUAGUGUGGGUUCCCUUUUCCUUACAAAAUUACCCCCUCUUUUAAUUGUCGAUGCGCUAUGCUUCUUGAUUUCUCACAACCUUGUGUCAUUGUGUGGAAGUCCAUCCUUCCUUGAUCAGGGACGCCUUCUGCGCAUCUUGAGUUGACAAGUUAGUUUUGUGCAAUGCAGGGAUAGAACUACACUUGAGGGCCUAUCCUAAUGUCAUUGCACAUAUAUUUGUAUGCCCUAAAUCAGUCAGUCCUCAUCGUCCCAUGGAUAAAUUUAUUUGUAUAUUCAUGUUGUCACUAGUGCCAGUAAUUAUUAGUGAUUCAGAUGACUCAUCAUGAAAGCUAAUACUGUUGAUCUGGUCCUCUUACAAUUAUAUGAUGAAAUGCGGGGACAAUUUUGAAUUGCUUGUUAUCAAUACCACGAGUCACAUGCAUGGACAAGGUGAAUGAUAUGUGGGUGCAUAAUUAUGAUUAGUGAUGACAUGUGUUCAGGUGCCACGUGCAAUGGCGAGGAGCCGCUCUCCCAAGGGCGAAGGUGACAGCAGGCGACGAAGCCCUCCUAGGAGAAGUUCUGGUGAGCAAGGAGGAAGGAAGGAACAAGGUCCUGUAAGCCUCUUGGUGCGUAACAUCCCUCAUAACUGCAGAUCCGAAGAUCUUCGAGUUCCUUUCGAAAAGUUUGGUCCUGUUUGGGAUGUUCACAUGCCAAAAGAUUACUACAGUGGGGAGCCAAAAGGGUUUGCUUUUAUUGAGUUUUCUGACCCCCAUGAUGCUUCUGAGGCGCAAUAUCACAUGAACAGUAAGCUGUUUUGUGGACGUGAGAUUAAAGUUGUUCCUGCCACGGCGAAACGGAAAAGGCCCGAAGACAUGCGUAGACAAACUGGAGUAAGAGUUCAUUCUGGUUCUAAAAGGCGCCAUCUUUCUCGCCAUGGACGGUCUCGUUCUCGUUCACACUCCCGUUCUCCUCGCCACGGUGGUCGUGAUAGAUCGCGGUCACAUUCUCCUGCCCCAAGAAGACGUGGUGACUACUCUGCUUCACCAAAGAGAAAGGAAGAGUGCCAGGCAAAAUCGUCAGGACAGUCAAAAGAACAUGACAACGAUAAGAAGCUGGGACCCUGUACUCCUGGUGAUAGAAGUGAACACCAUGACACCGAUAAUGAUUCCAACGAGAGGCAGGCAACACCUGACUAUUCUGCUGUACCAAAGAGAAAGGAAGAGUGCCAGACAAAAUCACCAAAGCAGCCAAAUGAACAUGAUGUGGAUAAGAAGUGUGUAUCUUUUAGUCCUGAUAAAAACAACUGCCGUGAUGCUGACAAUGGCCACAAUGAGCGAGAUGACUACUCUACUUCAUCAAAGAAAAAGGGAGAACGCCUGGCAAGAUCACCAAGAUUGUCCAAAGAGCAUGGUAAGGAUAAGAAGCAGAGAUCCUAUAGUCGUGAUGAUCGAAGUGACUGCCGUGAUGCUGAUAAUGGUUUCAAAGAGAGUCCGGCAACAACUGAUGGUAAGGGAUCAUCUCCCCACCAGAAGUCACCCAGAUCAUCCUCUGGAUCACACUCAAGAAGGCGAGAUGCCUACUCUGCUCCCCCAAAGGGAAAAGAAGAGCGUCGGGAGCAAUCACCAAGACAGUCAAAAGAACAUGAUAAACAUAGGAAGUGGAGAUCAAAUACUCCUGAUGAUAGAAAUGACUGCCGUCAUGUUGAUCAUAGUCACAAUGAUAGCAAUUUGCAUGUCGACAGGAAGCCGGUAACACCUGACGGUGAGGGAUCCCAUGCCUGCCGGAGGUCACCCAGACCAUCUUCUGGAUCACACUCAAGAAGGCGAGAUGACUGCUCUGCUUCCCCAAAGAGAAAGGAAGCGCGCUGGGCAAAAUCACCAAAACAGUCCACUGAACAUGAGGAUGAAAAUAGGAGGUCCUGUUCUCCUGAUGAUAUAAAUGGGCGGCAUAAUUCUGUUGAUUGUUACAAGAAAAAGCGAGAUGGCUACUCUGCUUCCCCGAAGAUAAAGGAGUGUCGGUUGGAAUCACCACAACCGACAAAAGAACGUGAGGAUAAGAAGAGAUCCUAUGCCCCUGAUGAUGGAAUUGACCGUACUGAUGCUGACAAUGGCUACAAUGAGAGGCGUGCAGGACCUGACUGUGCUUCACAAAAGAGAAUGGAAAAGCCUUCCCAAGCAAAUUCACAAAGCCAGUCAAAAGAACAUGAUAACGAUAAGAAGCACAGAUCCUAUACUCAUAUUGAUGGAAAGGAGCUCCGCGAUGCUCAUAAUGGUUCCAAAGAAAGGCGAAAGGAUGACUCAGCUGCUGGAAAGAGAAAGGAAGAGCGCCAGGCAAGUUUACCAAGGCAAUCAAAGGAAUAUGAUGAACAUAAGAAGAGUGGAUCCUAUACUCGUGAUAACAGAAAUGACUACCGUGAUGCUGAUAACGGUUCCAAAGAAAGGCAAAAGAACUACCCAGCUGCUGGAAAGAGAAAGGAAGAGCACCAGGCAAGUUUACCAAGACAAUCCAAGGAACAUGAUGAACAUAAGAAGAGGGGAUCCUAUACUUGUGGUAACAGAAAUGAGCACCGUGAUGCUGAUAAUGGUUCCAAAGAAAGGCAAAAGGACUACCCAACUGCUGGAAAGAGAAAGGAAGAGCACCAGGCAAGUUUGCCAAGACAAUCAAAGGAACAUGAUGAACAUAAGAAGAGGGGAUCCUAUACUUGUGAUGACAGAAAUGAGCACCGUGAUGCUGAUAAUGGUUCCAAAGAAAGGCAAAAGGACUACUCAGCUGCUGGAAAGAGAAAGGAAGAGCACCAGGCAAGUUUACCAAGACAAUCAAAGGAACAUGGUGCGCAUAAGAAGAGGGGAUCAUAUACUCGUGACGAUAGAAAUGACCUUCGUGGUGCUGAUAAGGGUUCCAAAGAAAGGCGAAAGGACUACCCAGCUGCUGGAAAGAGAAAGGAAGAGCACCAGGCAAGUUUACCGAGACAAUCAAAGGAACAUGAUGAACAUAAGAAGAGGGGAUCAUAUACUCGUGAUGAUAGAAAUGACCUCCGUGAUGCUGAUAAUAGUUCCAAAGAAAGGCGAAAGGACUACGCAGCUGCUGGAAUGAGAAAGGAAGAGCGCCAGGCAAGUUUACCAAGACAAUCAAAAGAACAUGAUGAGCAUAAGGGUAGGGGAUCAUAUACUCGUAAUGAUAGAGAUGACCCCCGUGAUGUUGAUAAUGGUUCCAAAGAAAGUCGAAAUGACUACUCAGCUGCCCAAAAGGGAACGGAGGACCACAGGGCAAAAUCAUCAAGACAAUCAGAAGAACAUGAUAAUGAUAACAAGAGGGGAUCAUAUACUGUUGAUGAUAGAAGCCACCACUGCGAUGCUGAUAAUGGUUCAAGAGAAAAGCGAGGUGACUUCUCAGAUUCCGGACAGAGAAAGGAAGAGUACCGUGGGAAAUCACUAAGACAGUUAAAGGAACAUGGCGACAAUAAGAAGAGGGGAUCAGAUACGCCUGCUGAUAGAAAUGACCUCCGUGAUGUUGAUAAUGGUUGCAAUGAGAAGCUGGCAACACAUGGCGGUAGCCCCUGCCCUGGCCAGAGGUCGCCGCUACCAUCUUGUGGAUCGGGCUCAAGAUCAGAGGACAAGACUCUGCUUGACGCAACGACUGAUAGGAUCAUGGAAAUGUAGGCAUGCAGUCCCUUGUGUGUGUAAAGCCUGCAAGGCUGACUAGUGCUCAUGGGUUGAGCUAGCCGACUGGUGUGUAAGAAGCAAACCGUUGGAUGUAACUCCACUAGAUUAGCAUGUUGGAUCUGUUGCGGGGCAGCAAAUGUUUGAGAGAAGCCUGGGUUUGCAUCAAUGGACUUGAAGAGUCUAUAAAAAUCAGAACUGCAUGGUGA